CAGCUGAAGGCAGCCUGGUGGGUGAUGCAAGUCGACAUGAAGAGAGGAUCGCUGGUCUGGAGUCCGCUGCGCAUUCAUUACGGCCCCACAUCCGCCAGGCAUCACUUGCGACGUCAAGGCAGUGAAUCCGGACAAUGUUGUUCGAUUUUCAAUGAGCAAGGGCAGAGUUGCAAGACGACGAGAUCGAUAAGGCCACAGCAGCGCGACACCGUGGCCCGUAAGCAAUGGCCCACUUCCGGGAAGCAACCACGCCAAAAAGGGGUGAUCAGAAACUAGGCUACACGUGGCUCUGCUCACUGGGCCACAGAAACGUGGAACGUCUUGGAGAUGGCGGUCAUUGCACAAGCUCGAUCCCGCUUUCGUCACCGAGGACACCAUGGGUACACAGACGCAGUCAUUGGUCAAUAAAUGUGUUGGGUCUCGACAAACUCAAAAAGCCCCUCGGCGUUUCGAGCCUAGUCCUUUAUUCAGCAACUAUGCUAGCAAGCGAAGCUACCGGCUGCUGCUUGCAAUUCGAUAUGGUGAGUCGACUGUUUUCCCUGUCAAUUCCCGUGCUGGACCUGCGCUUUCGCCCGGCAGUGAAUCCGAUCUUGGCCACUGUCUCGGUUUGUCCGGGUCGUGGUGGGAUGCCGUCACCUGUCGUGGUGCAGUGGAGAAAAUCCUGCACCGUCGCAUGUGCAUCACAUGAUGCAACUGUUGGUGUGUGAGCACCUGCGCUAUCGGAGGCACACGAACCCCGAGGAGAUGCAACCUUUUCUUGGUCCGUGCCCGGUGCGGAGACAGGCUAGGCUGCUUCU